ACAAAAAAAAAUUACCUAACCUAUAAUUCAAAAUCACGAAAAACCUGAAAUAUGUCGAUAUAUUUUAGUGGAACAUUUAAAAGAUCGGGAGGAAUCGUUAGUGCGAUAGCAAAGCAGUUAAAAUUGGUUAAUUUAAAACCGGUGAAGCGAAUACAAAUACAAUUUGAUCCUUUUCACGAAAAAGCAGCAACAGCUAGAGACUUCCUGCACUUUAUAUCAAGCCCCAAGGUGACCAGUACAAAUUUGGAUUGUAUCAUAAAAACCACUGUGGUUUGUGAUCGAAGCGAACCACAAGUUAAGAUAGAUUUUACAAACAACAAAAGUUUGAGGUUUUUAGCUAAUAAUUUAACGGUGUUGGAGAUUUUUCAAUAUUUUAAUAAACACUUGGGGCCCUUAAUUAAAAUAGAACAAGAAUCUGCACCCGUUCCCGCUGUUAAAGCUAAGAUCCAAAAGAAAUUAAAAAAGAAAUAAAGAUGGUUAAUAAUGGCAAAUCGAAACAUUACCAUAUUAGAAUUGUUGAGCAUAUUUAUAACAAAAUUCCUUAUUUCACCGAUAUAUUUACAGAAGAAACGUUUUAUAUAACAGUUUUUUGCUUUAUUGCAAUUACUAUUUCAACCGUUUUUAUUUUAUCUCGGUUUGUAACUAUAAAACCUGUAGAAUAAUA